AUGCUGAAGGCUGCAAGUAGCCGCGUGGUCACCAGGAAUCCGAGUUCCUUCAUCAACGAAGUCAACGACGACGGCAUAAAGGAGGACCGGCCGUUGUUCGACGGCGACGACCUGGUCGACCUGCGCGCAGACGCUGUACAGCUCCAGGCGGGAGAUUUGGUGGAAGUUACCUCUGACACUCUCAAUGCCCAAGCACUUGCCAUUUGCCUUGGACGCUUCAACGGCGCCGAACACUUCUAUACAAACACGGGCAAGUGGUUCACGAGCCAUGGCAUUCGGACUCUGUUCACGGUCAACAACUUCGUGGACGCGGCCGAGCUGCAGCCAGUCAUUGACGCAUUGCCGGCAAGGGAUACACCAAUGGAGGUUCUGAAUGCCCUACAAGACAUGCGCCAGGGGCCGUCUCGCAACACUGGGUCCUUUCUGAUUAGAAAGAUGCUUGACUUCUCCGUGGAAUCUGAAGUCAUUCACCAGACACACGCAGCGCGGUUGGACAAUGCGUCGGAGUUCUUGGGACAGACCGAGCAAUACCUGUCCCUGGAAGAAAUUGCCGAUAUUCUAUUGCCGAGUGCAGUCAAGGCGGAUGGCAAGUUCCCGCCAGCUGCCCUUUACGCUGUGCACAAGACUCUGAUGGUCAACGAUGCUGCAUUUCGACCGAUGACGCCUAUCGGCAAUCGACGCUCUUACCUCUACGAGAUUAGUUCUCUCAGUGACGUCCAGCUCGUUGAUAAGAUGAACUCGCUGAUGCGUAUGUUUUAUGAUGAUGCUCAGCUAUAUGGUGGCUCUCUAAAGCCGUCUAGACUUGGCCAAAGUCAGCUUGGACGAUUCAUUCUGAAGGCUCGUGAGGCUAUAGACAGCAGCCGUGAAUUCCGCAAAUGGUCGCCGCAUGGCAUGCUUGGCCCAGCUGUCAAGUUCUCGAAACCGCACUCGAUAGAGUGGACGGAUUCGGAUGUCAAGAUACUGCAUUUUAUGCAGCUGUGGUCUAGCUUCAGGAAGUUCUCCCGCGCAUCAAGUCUACAUUGGAUAGGUGCUGGCAUACUCCGUGCCAUCGAACGAUACGAUGAAAGUGAAUACCUUACAACAACCACAGGAUGGACAUUUCUCCAGGAGAUAGGCUGGAUACCGCCAUGGGACAUCAGCUCUCGAUACUCCCUACGACUUCCUGGUGUAGGCCUCAAGAGGACUGGGGGCUUUCUUGGUCAGAGCUUGACGGGAGAUGGAGGUCUCCGUCAAGGUGACCCUCUCGCAAGGUUGAGAAAGGAUUGGACUCGUCUCCGCGCAUACUGCAUUGACGCUGCAAACGCGAGCGAUAUAGAUGACGCAGUGUCCAUUGAAUGGACCCCAGAGGGCGAGCAAUGGGUUCAUAUCCACGUGGCUGACCCAGCUUCCGGCAUGGCUCCAGACAGUCUUCUGGCCAAGCGAGCUGAGCUAGUUCCACAGACAGCCUACCUCCCAGGUCAUUUCGAGCGCAUGCUGCCAGUAGCGGCGGUCCGUACGAAGUUCUCUCUUGCCCCAGAUCGGCCUUGUCUUACUUUCAGUGCACGGGUGGACGACGAGGGUCAGAUUCAAGAAUACAAGAUAGCUCCAGGUACGCUCCGGGAUGUCGUGUACAUCACCGGCAAAGACGUCAAUGAGCCUCUUGCCGCAGUAAACCUAUCAUCUCUUCAAACCUUCACUCGAGAUGUACUUUAUCCCAAGCUGGCAGCUGGAGAGCGACCCAGCGAGACUGACUGGCGCACGAUGCGUUCACUGCUCGGCUCGGACGAGAUCUCAGCUACUCCCGCCCCGCACUUCACCAUGGGCUUGUCCAUGUACACCAAAGCCACCAGCCCCCUCCGGCGCUUCUCCGACCUGCUCGUGCACUGGCAAGUCGAGGCGGCCCUGCUGGAGGAGGAGCGCCGCGGCACCUCGCUCGUCGGCAACACGGACGACGACAGCUUCCUGCCCUUCACCAGGGAGCGGCUCGAGCGGUCGGUGCUGCCGAUGCUGCGCGUCCGCGAGCGCACGAUGCGGGCCCUCGACGACGGCGACGGCAACGCAGAGUGGAUGCUGCAGGCCCUCGUGCGGGCGUGGCACUUCGGCGAGGCGGCGCUGCCCAAGACGUUCCGCUUCACCGUGGCCGACGUCCUCGCGCGCAGGGCCGUCCGCGGCCGCCUCAACUGGUUCGACCGCCCGGCGCUGAUGGCCAUUGACGGGCUGAACGCCCUCGGCAUCCAGCUGUCCGAGCUGGAGACGGGCGAGGUGCUCGAUGUCGAGCUGGUCGACGUCAAUGUCGUGGAGAAGUCCAUUCUCGUCCGGGCCGUGGGCAAGGCCGCCAUUGCUGAAGGUGAAGCUGAAGCAGAAGCGAGUGAGUAG